AUGCCAUCCUUCAGCUUCACCCAGGAUGAAGUUACAACCAUUAAAAGAAUAUGGGAGCUAUUACAGAUUGUGAAGAUGCCUAGUAUCUCAUCUUCAUCCAAAGUUCCAACCACGAAAAGCAAAAUAUCGACUCCAUCCAGACUAUCGAUCGACUCAACCAAUAGCCCUACCAAGAAAUCGGCUUCAGAGACUCGUGACUCUCGUCGAAAUAGUCUUUUCAUAUCCAAAGAGUCCAGGCACUCUAGAACAGCCUCGUCCUCGUACGCAUUGACUCCAGUUGCAACCAAUACCAGUAUAAAAAGUAAUAACAGUGAUCACAGUAGUAAAACUAGUGUUACCGUCGAAGAAAGACUCAAGAAAACUGCUGCUCCAGUUAACACUGUAUUGAAGUUAUUUGAAUUUCAAUUCAAACUUUGUGGGAAUAUUAAAAGAUAUGAAGUAUUAUCAAAAAAUUCUUCUGAAUCAAUAAAUAAUCUAAAUUUGCUCAAUGUCGAGGCUGAUUUGGAUAAAAUUGAAUUUCAUAUUUUGAAAAACGGUUAUCAAACUGAUACUUUGGUUGAAAUAAUAACUUGUAUUAUACUUAAUUUGAAUAAAACUUCAGAGGCAAUCUUUGAUGUGCUUUCAAGAUUGAGCAAAAUAAAUUCUCGAAUAUGGAAUAUGGAUAAUUUUAAAUACAAAAGUUUGGGUGAAUGUUUGAAUAUAACAAUUUUAGAAACUUUAGGUAGAAAAACUUAUUCAGUAGAAUUCGAACAUGUUUGGAUUCAUUUUUUCAAUAAGUUGAUUGAUUUGAUCCUUUGGUCAUCUAAUGAAUUAUCUCUACAUAUUCCCCAAGCUGUUAUUGAUUCUAAUACCAUACGUAAAACUCCCUAUUUAAACCCCCAUUCCCCUUUAAGAUCAACUAAAAUUGUGGUUAAAUCUAAUCCUUCUAAUAACGAUGACGAUUAUUCUGUUCGUUAUUUGUCUAAUUAUACCACUAAUGUUGAUCUUAAGUUUCAUACCCAUUCAAUUUCUGAUGAUUCAACAAAAUCAUCCAAUUCAAUAUUAUCAUUACACACUCAUGAUGAUACUUCGUCUUUUUCUACACUUGAUCAAUCCCCAAGAGGAUUUGUUGAUUAUAAUGGCAAGCCGGGUGCUUUAGAUGAAGAUUUAAUGCAUGAAAUUGAUGAACUUGAAGAAAUUCAUAGCGUCACUCCUAUAGAUGUGAAUACUGAAUUUAAUGGCAUGUCAGAAAUCACUAGAGCAGAUGGAUUGGAAAAAGCUCAUGAAGUACCAAAGAAUAAACAUCAUAAUGAGGAAGAUGAUGAUUCGUUUGACUUGAUUAAUUCUUUCAAUGCUGAAAAAGAAGAACAGACUAAAAAUACCUCAAAAUAUAGUAAAAGAUUUAAUUUGAAAAAGAAGGCGUCAUUUCGUUCAUUAAAUGGUGCAGCAGUUUUGAAACAGCUUGAUGAAAGACGUAAUACCUUGACUAAUUCGAUGAAUAGAAGAAGGUCACUUAGUAUAUUGAGUUCUUCUAGUUCAAAGGGAACGAUAUAG